AGCCUUUUAAACCAACACACUCGAACAAUUUCUUAAAAAAAAAAGAUCACAGCUUGUGCUUUUUGGGAACGCACCUAAAACAUAUCGAUAGUUUCGUAGUGAACUGCUACAUUUUGGCAACUUAAUGGAAUUGGACAAGAAAUUGCAAGGAUUUCAAUUGGUCGCCCAGGAGAAAUUGCAGGCGAUCUUAUGCUCCAUACCCGGCCGAAAAGACCUGAUACUCGAGCCUCCGCUCAUUAAAUCCCUGGAACAUGUUUGUUCCGCCUCCUGGCUAAAGCUAAAGGGAAUCCAGAGAAUCUACAAACAUGAUGCCAAACAGAUAUUACCCCGUCAAGGGGAUCAUGUUCACAUCUAUAUGAUUCGCAGUCAGUUGGGCACAUUUCAAACGUUAAUGAAACAGAUGCAAACUCUAACGGAGGCAGAUCAGCAGACACCAGAUCUGGCCAUGAAGAUGUAUCACAUCAUUUGUGUGCCCAGCUGUUUUACCUACUUUCAAACGCUGCUCGAGCAAAAUGGCCUUUGGGGUCUCGUUCAAUUGCAUCAUUAUAAUUGGGAUUUUAUCUAUCUGGAUGAGGGUGUGCUCAGUCUGGAAUUGCCGAAUCUCUACGAGUGUUUGUACCUGCAUGGAAAUACCUCAUCUCUGCCAGCCGUAGCCCAAAGUCUACGGCUAUUGCAAAUGAUCUGUGGUCAACCAUCAAUGAUCCUCAGUUACGGCUCACACUCGGAACGCUUAUUGGAAAUGCUGAAAUUAUUGGGAAAUGCUAGCCGGCAUCCGUCCUCAAUGGACUAUGGGGCAUGGUUAAUAUUGGACAGGGAUAAAGAUUAUCCUUCAAGUUUGCUAACGCCGGCCAUUUAUGCUGGCCUCUUGCUUGAGGUGUUCCACCAGCGGGCAGGAGAGAUAACAAUUGAUAAAUCUCAUAAUAAAAUCAGCACUCAACGAAUUUCCCUGCUGCAGGGACAGCGUCGUGAGGAAAAGGAAGAGCGAAAAGGUGCCGCUCAAAGCAGUUCCAUUAAACUCAAUUCCGACAGCGAUGAGAUUUAUGGCGAUAAUCGCUAUAAGCAUUUCGCACAGGUUAGCAGCCUAAUCCGAGGACAAGUCAAGGCAUUGGGCCUAGAACUGCAGAAACUAAACGACAUGCAGCUGGAUGAAAUGCAUGAUUAUGUGGCCCGUAAAUUGCCCAAGUUGACGGAGCUGAAAGCCAAGGUUUUAAGGCAUUUAAAUGCCAGUGAGGUGGUCAUUCAAAUGUUGGGAAAUUUCCGUAGAUUGCAGACCCUCGAAGAGGAUAUACUCAAUAAUGUGUCACGAAAACGUUUGCUGACCGAAAUUGAUGAGCUGCUGACCACCGAUGGACAACGUUAUAAUACCCUACGAUUACUGUGCCUUCUGUAUCUCUGUGCUGGCAUUAGUCCCGAGGAGCUACAGACAUUUGGGCGCAACUAUUGCAAUAUGUUUGGUCAUCGAGAAUUGCCAGUGUUUCAGCAAUUGGCCAGAGCGGGUCUCUUGCCGCAAUUGCUUGCCGAGAAGAAGGCGGCAUCGACGAAACUAUUGUCGCAAUUGCCAUUGCCCAAAUUCCAACAAACCGAAUUCCAGGCGAAUGCCAAUCGUUUGCGUCUCUUGACUUCUUUUGCUGAUAAUCAGCCAGAGGGUAGUCCAAGCGGUGCGUCAGCCGCACGCUCCUCCAAUGCGACGUCCUCUGCGUCACAGCAAUCGUGUCCCAGUUUCGUCUUUAAUGGCACCUACAUCCCUUUGGUGGCCCAAUUGUGCUCGAUUUUAUUGAAAACCCAAAAUGCUGAUGAGUUGGCCACCAAGUUGGCCAUGAUUGAGGGGUUUCAGUUACACCUUCCAAAUGAUACCUCAUUCACGCCCAAAACGUAUGCGGCACAUCUCAAGACAAGUGCCACUGAUCAAGAUCAAUUCCCCAUAACACAGAGAAAGAUUUUUGUAUUCAUUGUAGGUGGAGCCAACUACGCGGAGAUUGCAGCCUGUGAUUUGGUUGCCAAAUUGACGGGAGCUACCAUAACUGUGGGCACGGAUAAUUUAAUGGCGGGCAGCGAUCUAAUUGCAGCCGCCUUUAAGCAUUAAGUCAUCUACUCACUUUGUGUAAAUAAAAGAAGAAUCUUUAAUCA